GCUAAGAUGUUACCUGAGCGUCUGACUCACCAAAGUAUACUACCGAUCUAGCUUGAAAAAAAUGUCAAAUCGGGAGAUCGAAUUGAGCGAGAGUGACGGCUAUCAUCGAAACAAGAUACAUUUCCACAAAUCAACAGAUGAGCCGUACAUAAAAAAUUUCAAACCAAUAAGAGGCGGUAAAUUUGCGGAUUCGUUCACCUACUCGUUUUUCAAGGAAGUCUUUUUACCACAAGGAUUUCCCGACAGUGUACACAAGGACUAUGUGUCUUAUCAGAUUUGGGAUACUUUGCAGGCUUUUGCCAGUACCAUCAAUGGCACCUUGACAACACAUUCAAUCAUGAAGGGUGUAGGAGUUGGGGAGUCCACAGCAACUCCUUUAGCAGCUGCCAUAACGUGGAUCUUGAAGGAUGGAACUGGAAUGGUUGGAAGAAUCUUAUUUGCUUGGUGGCAAGGGAACAAUUUAGGUAGCCAGUGUAAGAAGUGGAGGCUGUUUGCAGACAUUCUAAACGAUUUUGCCAUGACCCUAGAAAUAACUGUGCCAUAUGUACCUGUAUUAUCUUCCUAUACUUUAUGUCUUACAACUGGAAUGAAGUCCAUAGUUGGAAUAGCUGGUGGGGCAACAAGAACAUCUAUAAUGCAGCAUCAUGCUAUCAAAGAUAAUUUGGCCGACAUAUCUGCUAAAGAGCAUAGCCAAGGAACACUUGUAAAUUUGGCUGGAUCAAUAGUCGGAAUUUUUAUACUAUUGUGCAUCCAUGAGAGACUUUUUUUAUACUUAUGUUUUUUACUAGUCAUUGUUCACAUUGUAUCAAAUUACUUUGCCGUGACGUCGUUGCAAAUAAAUACUUUGAAUGAGGAUCGUUUGUGCUUAAUCAUCGAGGACUACAUACUUAAUCACACAGUUUCUAAUGUUGCUACAAUCAACGAUCGCGAAUCAGUGUUUCUACUUUGGAAUAGCCCAGCAAAAAAACGAUUUGGAUUCGAUAUUGAAAUCGGCGUUUCUAUAGAAUACAUUUUGAAAACAAAUUUAGUAAGGUCUAAGGAUUUACCACUAUUGAUAGAACUUUUGCAACGCAGAAAGUACCUACCAAUAAUGGAUGUUCAGCAAAGAAAAAUUCACAUAGUCCUUCCCGAGGAGAUUGAUGAUGCACAAAUUUUGAAAGCAUACUUUUAUUCGUGCAUUUACGCUGUUGUAGCCAGCUCGAUGAUGGACUUGAAAUCGGAUGUUUUAUUUCAAAAAAAUUGUCCAUCUCACCUACUGAUGAAGGUACUUUUAUUUUCAAAAAAAUGCAAAGCCACUUUGAGCAAAAGUGAUAAGCAAGUAUCUGCAGAAUUGAUAUCAACUGUAGACGAAAUGGUUCACGAAGAUUGUGACCUGUUCAUUAAAUUAUUAGAUGAAAGUGAGUGGGUAUCAAAAGCUAAUAUGCUGCUUGCAAAGUCAUGGAGAUGUUCAUGGAAAUCAUAGCUAUUUGGACGUAUGCCUGUGGACUCUUAUCAACAUUAUUAAGAUACG